AUGCAUAAAUUCAAUGAGUCCUACCGCAAACUCAUUUUAAAACAAAGAUGUGACGCUCUUAUCAAAGAUGUGAAUUUUACUAAGAAACACUCUGCUAAUGCAUCAAGGCAGUCUCUUGUUAUCAUGUUGAUUGAUUUUAGGGUUUAUUUAGUGAGCAUUGAUCUCCAUGGAAGUCAAGAAAGCAUUGUAAAGGUAACAAGUCAAUUCAGCCUCAAAGAUCCUCUUUCUAAUUCUUUGAAAGAAGUCGAUAUACGAGACGUCUUUCACUGCGACGGCUUAUUGCUAUGCACCACCAAAGACAAUAGACUGGUGGUUUGGAAUCCAUGUUCAGGUGAAACAGGGUGGAUUAUCAAACCCAAAAGUUCCCGCAAGAGAUUCGUUUGCUACUCUCUCGGGAAAUCCUCAUGCAACAAGUACAAAAUCUUGAAAGUGGAUCAAGAUAGAUAUGGUUUUCUGCGCCAAUGCCUAGUUGUGUACGAAGUCUAUGACUUUACCUCUAGUUUGUGGAGGAGGGUUGGUGAGACUAGAAACUGGUGCAUUUACGGGUUUAAGAACCGUGGGAUAUCUGUGAAUGGAGAUACUUACUGGCUUGCUUAUCGUUUUAGUCAAGACUUGCCAAAGGAAUUCUUACUACGUUUUGAUUAUUCAACUGAGAGAUUCGAAAGUGUGUCUCUUCCAGUUGAUCAUCUUUCUCAUCAUCCUAUGGCUUUAUCUGUGACUAGAGAAGAGCAAAAACUUUGUCUGAUAUCGCUGCGUGAAUGUAACAUAUGCGUGUUCGGUAUAGAUGUAUGGAUGGCAACUAAGAUUGAGAGUGACGGAGCCAUGUCAUGGAGAAAGUUACUAGCAGUGGACGGAUCCGUAUACAGAAAGUUUUUAGUCUUUUGUAAUGGGAUGAAUUUCUUGGCCGACCGGGAGAACAAAGUGUUAGUGUUUCCCGGUAAAAAUGGGGUCUCCGGCAGGUUCUUACACAUUGUGAGAGAGGAUAAAUGCAUACAAGUGGAUCACAAUGAUGAUGCAAAAUCUAGAUGCUCAGUUCUCAUCAAUUAUGUUCCAACUUUGGUUCAACUACAACAAGGUUAA